ACCACCUCAUCUCCUGGUCAUGGCUGGGUCUCCUCUUCUCUUCCUGCUCUCCCUCCUGCUGUCAGCUGGAGCAUGCGUGUGCACCGGCGAUCCCGGGAACAGUAGUGGGGGCGGGGCCAAGCAAGGCUGCUUCGAGAAGGUACAGUGCAGCAGGGGCAUACUGCUGCCCGUCUGGAUGCCCCAGGACCCGUCCCUCGGCGAACAGGUGGCACGUGCCAUCGUCUACUUCCUGAGCCUGCUCUACAUGUUCCUGGGUGUGUCCAUAAUCGCUGACCGAUUCAUGGCUGCCAUCGAGGUCAUCACCUCACAGGAGAAACAGGUGAUGGUUACAGGUCCAAAUGGGGAAAAGACAGAGGUGACGGUACGGAUUUGGAAUGAGACUGUAUCCAACCUCACUCUGAUGGCACUGGGCUCCUCUGCCCCGGAGAUACUACUGUCAGUUAUUGAGGUCUGUGGCCAUGGCUUUGAGUCUGGUGAGCUUGGUCCUGGCACCAUUGUGGGCAGUGCUGCCUUUAACAUGUUCGUCAUCAUCGGUAUCUGUGUGUGGGUGAUCCCCGAUGGCGAGGUGAGGAAGAUCAAACACCUGCGGGUGUUCUUCGUCACGGCCUCCUGGAGUAUCUUUGCCUACAUCUGGCUCUUCCUCAUCCUCUCUGUCUUCUCACCGGGCGUCGUGCAGGUGUGGGAAGCACUGCUCACUCUCCUCUUCUUCCCUGUGUGUGUGUUGAUGGCAUGGAUCGCAGACCGCCGGCUUCUCUUCUACAAAUACCUACACCGCCGUUACCGUGCCGAUAAACGGCAUGGCAUCAUUGUGGAGACGGAGGGUGAACUGACACCCAAAGGUGUCGAUGUCAUCAUGGAAGGGAAAUACCACGGCAACGCCAAUAGCUCCACCAGCAACUCCACCGUCAAUGCUGUGAAUGUGGAGUCUGGCAAAGAGGCAGAGCAGGAUCGUGAGGAGGUGAUCCGGACGCUGCGAGAGCUGAGGCAGAAGCACCCAGAGAAGGACUUGGAUGAUCUGAUCGAGUUAGCCAACUACGCUGGCCUGCAGAAGCAGAAGAAGAGCCGCGCUUUCUAUCGUGUGCAAGCCACACGCAUGAUGAUUGGUGCUGGCAACGUGCUGAAGAAGCACACGGCAGCCGAGCAGGCCAAACGGGCCUCGGGGGUCGUCGCCGGUGGUGAUGACCUGUCGACCUGUGCUCACGUGUCCUUCGAGGAGGCGCAGUACCGCUGCAGUGAGAACUGCGGCAAGGUCAGCCUGUGGGUGGAGCUCAAGGGUGGGGGCGGGGCCGAGACAUUCCAAGUGGACUACCGGACGGAGAACGGCUCGGCCAGUGCGGGUGUGGACUACGACUACUGUGAGGGGACGCUGGUGUUCCAGCCCGGAGACGAGAGGAAGGAGAUAAAGGUGGGCAUAAUAGAUGAUGAUGUUUUCGAAGAGGACGAGCACUUUUUUGUCCGUCUCUCGAACCUGCGAAAGGCUGAAGGUGGGGCCAGCACAGAGGACGCCCAAUUGGUGGAGCCCCUGGUUACCACGGUGACGAUCCUGGAUGACGACCAUGCAGGCAUCUUCUCAUUUGGGUGUGGGGAGCUGUGUGUGGCCGAGAACUCGGGCUUGGUGGAAAUCGCUGUGCAGCGGGACUCAGGGGUGCGCGGGACCGUCACUGUGCCAUACCACACGGAGGAUGGCUCAGCGCGACAGGGCAUAGAUUACGAACACACACAAGGGGAGUUGGAGUUCACCAACGAGCAGACCUGUAAAACAUUUCAGGUACGCAUCAUCAAUGUCCAGGAAUAUGAAAAGAGAGAAAACUUCUACAUUGUCCUUGAAGAACCUAGAUGGCUUAAAAGAGGAAUUUCAGAUUUACUGCUGAGUCAGGGAUCUACCCCAGAGGCAGAGGAGGCGAGGAGGAUAGCUGAAAAGGGGAAGCCCAUUCUGGGCGAACACAUCAGGCUGGAGGUCAUCAUUGAGGAGAGCAUGGCCUUUAAGAUCCGCCAGGGAAUGGCACCCAAUGGCACUUUAGACCCGGUACAGGAGGCUCCACCCCUCCGCAUGAGACGUGUUCUUCGAUUGAACACUGUUGAUCGUCUGUUGAAGGACACCAAUCUGGCUGAGGUGAUUGGCUCUCACUCAUGGAAAGAGCAGUUCAUUGACGCUGUUACUGUCAGUGCAGGAGAUGGAGAUGAAGCAGAGCAGGGGCAGGCACGGGAGCCAUCUUGUUGCGACUACUUCAUGCACACCAUGACGGUGUUCUGGAAGGUUCUGUUUGCAUUUGUCCCUCCCACAGAGUAUUGGAAGGGCUGGGCGUGCUUCAUCGUAUCCAUCCUCAUCAUCGGAUUACUCACGGCUAUCAUCGGGGACCUGGCCUCCCACUUUGGCUGCACUGUGGGACUCCGAGACACCGUCACUGCUGUGGUGUUCGUUGCCCUGGGUACUUCCAUACCAGACACUUUUGCGAGUAAAGUGGCUGCGAUUCAGGACCAGUACGCUGACGCCUGUGUGGGGAAUGUAACUGGUAGCAACGCUGUCAACGUGUUCCUGGGGAUCGGCGUGGCCUGGUCGAUCUCAGCCAUGUACUGGGAGGUCAAGGGUCAGUCAUUCAAAGUGAACCCGGGCUCGCUGGCUUUCUCCGUCACCCUCUUCACUAUCUGCGCGAUUAUCAGCAUGAGUGUGCUCAUGCUGCGGCGACGCCCAUCAGUGGGCGGGGAACUGGGCGGGCCCAAAGCCACCAAGAUUCUGACCUCAAUGUUCUUCAUUGGACUCUGGUUGCUCUAUAUAACCUUUUCUAGCCUAGAGGCUUAUUGCCACAUCACAGGCUUCUGAAGAACUG